AUGGCGCCGCCUUAUCGAGCAGGAGCGGUGCUUCAUAUAUUACGGCGCACGCUUCAUCGAGCAGGAGCGGUGCUUACCAUAAGGUUACGGCGCUGCCUAUCGAGCAGGAGCGGUGCAUUUAAGGCUACGGCGCCGCCUAUCGAGCAGGAGCGGUGCUUUACUCAUAAGGUCACGGCGCCGCCUAUCGAGCAGGAGCAGAAGCACUAUAAGGCUACGGCGCCGCCUAUCGAGCAGGAGCGGUGCAUUACCAUAAGGCCAUGGCGCCGCCUAUCGAGCAGGGAGCGGUGCUUCGAGCAGGAUAUUACGGCGCCGCCUAUCGAGCAGGGCGGUGUUACUCAUAAGGCUACGGCGCCGCCUAUCGAGCAGGAGCGGUGCUUACUCAUAAGGCCACGGCGCCGCCUAUCGAGCAGGGGCGGUGCUACUCAUAAGGCUACGGCGCCGCCUAUCGAGCAGGAGCGGUGCUUACUCAUAAGGUCACGGCGCCGCCUAUCGAGCAGGAGCAGCUACGGCGCCGCCUAUCGAGCAGGAGCGGUGCUUACUCAUAAGGCUACGGCGCCGCCUAUCGAGCAGGAGCAGUGCUUACUCAUAAGGCUACGGCGCCGCCUAUCGAGCAGGAGCGGUGCUUUACUCAUAAGGUCACGGCGCCGCCUAUCGAGCAGGAGCGGUGCCACCAUAAGGCUACGGCGCCGCCUAUCGAGCAGGAGCGGUGCUCAUACUACGGCGCUGCCUAUCGAGCAGGUCAUUUGGCUACGGCGCCUAUCGAGCAGGAGCGGUGCUUACCAUAAGGUCACGGCGCCGCCUAUCGAGCAGGAGCAGUGCUUACUUCAUAAGCGUCAUGGCGCCGCCUAUCGAGCAGGAGCAGUGCUUACCAUAGGUCAUGCGCCGCCCUAUCGAGCAGGAGCGGUGCUUAUCAUAAGGCCACGGCGCCGCCUAUCGAGCAGGAGCGGUGCUUACCAUAAGGCUACGGCGCGCCUAUCGAGCAGGAGCAGUACUCAUAAGGCUACGGCGCUGCCUAUCGAGCAGGAGCAGGCUAUCUAUAUAAGUUACGUCGCCGCCUAUCGAGCAAGACCGGUGCUUAUCGAGCAGAGCGGGCCACCAUCACGGCGCCGCCUAUCGAGCAGGAGCGGCUACGGCGCCGCCUAUCGAGCAGGAGCAGUGCUUACUCAUAAGGCUACGGCGCCGCCUAUCGAGCAGGAGCGGUGCUUACUCAUAGCGGGCUACGGCGCCGCCUAUCGAGCAGGAGCGGUGCUUACUCAUAAGGCUACGGCGCCGCCUAUCGAGCAGGGAGCGGGCUACGGCGCCGCCUAUCGAGCAGGAGCAGUGCCCCUCGCCAGGCUACGGCGCCGCCUAUCGAGCAAGAGUGCUUACACGCAAGGCUACGGCGCCGCCUAUCGAGCAGGGGCGGUGCUUACUCAUAAAACUACGGCGCCGCCUAUCGAGCAGGAGCGGUGCUUACUCAUAAGGCUACGGCGCCGCCUAUCGAGCAGGAGCGGCUGGGCAUACUAUCGGCAAGGCGGUGCAGCACUAAGGCCACUACGGCGCCGCUGUCGAGCAGGAGCGGUGUUUACUCAUGAACUACGGCGCCGCCUAUCGAGCAGGGCAGUGCUUACUCAGGCGGGUCUACGGCGCCGCCUAUCGGCAGGAGCGGUGCUUACUCAUAAGGCUACGGCGCCGCCUAUCGAGCAGGAGCGGUGCCUCAUAAGGCACGGCGCCGCCUAUCGAGCAGGAGCGCAGGAGCAGUGCUUACUCAUAUUACAUGGCGCCGCCUAUCGAGCAGGAGCAGUGCUUACUCAUAAGGCUACGGCGCCGCCUAUCGAGCAGGAGCGGUGCUUACUCAUAAGGUCACGGCGCCGCCUAUCGAGCAGGAGCGGUGCUACUAUAAGGCCGCUGGCGCCGCCUCAUCGAGCAGGAGCGGUGCUUACUCAUAAGGGGCUACGGCGCUGGCCUAUCGGAGCAGGGGCAGUGCUUACUCAUAAGGGUUACGGCGCCUAUCUAUCGAGCUGGAGUCAUGUCGCUGCCCAUUUUGCGCUUACUCAUAAGGCCGCUUGGCGCCGCCUAUCGAGCAGGAGCGGUGCUUAUCAUAAGGCUGAUGGCGCCGCCUAUCGAGCAGGAGCGCAGGAGCGGUGCUUUACUAAGGUCACGGCGCCGCCUAUCGAGCAGGGGCGGUGCUUAGGCGCCGCCUAUUACUUCAUAAGGCCACGGCGCCGCCUAUCGAGCAGGACAGUGCUUUACCAUAAGGCCAUGGCGCCGCCUAUCGAGCAGGAGCAAGCGAAGCAUAUAAGGCUGGUUGCCGAGCGGAGCAGUGCUAUCAUAAGGCUACGGCGCCGCCUAUCGAGCAGGAGCGGUGCUUACUCUAUAAGGCUACGGGCGCCGCCUAUCGAGCAGGAGCGGUGCUUAAUCAUAAGGGGCUACGGCGCCGCCUUAUCGAGCAGGAGCGGUGCUUACCAUAAGGUCGGCGCCGCUUCUUAUCGAGCAGGAGCAGUGCUUACCAUAAGGCUACGGCGCCGCUCUAUCGAGCAGGAGCGGUGCUUUACCAUAAGGGGCUACGGCGCCGCCUAUCGAGCAGGAGCGAAGCAUCAUAAGGGUUACGGCGCUGCCUAUCGAGCAGCAAGAGUGGUGCUUUACUAUAAGGCUACGGCGCCGCUUAUCGAGCAGGGAGCGGUGCUUACCAUAAGGCCAUGGCGCCGCCUAUCGAGCAGGAGCGGUGCUUACUCGAGCAAGGCGGCUGGCGCUGCCUAUCGAGCAGGAGCGGUGCUUACUCAUAAGGCUGCUGGCGCCUAUCGAGCAGGAGCGGUGCUUACCAUAAGGCUUCAGCGGCGCCGCUUAUCGAGCAGGAGCGGUGCUUACCAUAAGGCCACGGCGCUGCCCAUCGAGCAGGAGCAGUGCGGCCUUCAUAAGGGGUCACGGCGCCGCCUAUCGAGCAGGAGCGGUGUACCAUAUGUUACGGCGCGCGCCUAUAGAGCAGGAGCGGUGUUUACCCUUACGGCGCUUAUCGAGCAGGAGCGGUGUCACGGCGCCGCUUAUCGAGCAGGAGCGGUUAAGGUCAUGCCUAUCGAAGGAGGCUACGGGCGCCGCCUAUCGAGCAGGAGCGGUGCUUUACUCAUAAGGCUCACGGCGCCGCCUAUCGAGCAGGGGCGGUGCUUUACUCAUAAGGCUACGGUGCCGCCUAUCGAGCAGAGCGGUGCUUACCAUAGGCUGCCGGCGCCGCCUAUCGAGCAGGAGCAGUGCUUACUCAUAAGGCUACGGCGCCGCCUAUCGAGCAGGAGCGGUGCUUACCAUAAGGUCACGGCGCCGCCUAUCGAGCAGGAGCGGCGCUUACUCAUAAGGCAUGGCGCCGCCUAUCGAGCAGGAGCAGUGCUUACCAUAAGGCUCACGGCGCCGCCUAUCGAGCAGGAGCAGUGCUUAUGCCACUAUAAGGCUUACGGCGCCGCCUUAUCGAGCAGGAGCGGUGCUUACCAUAAGCUGUACGGCGCCGCCUAUCGAGCAGGGAGUGGUGCUUACCAUAAGGUCACGGCGCCGCCUAUCGAGCAGGAGCGGUGCGUUUACCAUAAGCUACGGCGCCGCCUAUCGAGCAGGAGUGGUGCUUUACCAGGCGGCACGGCGCCGCCUAUCGAGCGAAAGCAUAGUACAUGGCGCCGCCUAUCGAGCAGGAGCAGUGCUUUACUCAUAAGGCUACGGCGCCGCCUAUCGAGCAGGAGCGGUGCAUACGGCGACGCUAUAUCGAGCAGGAGCGGUGCCACUAUAAGGCGUCACGGUGCCGCCUUAUCGAGCAGGAGCGGUGCCUCUAUAAGGUCACGGCGCCGCCUUAUCGAGCAGGAGCAGUUUACCAUAAGGUCACGGCGCCGCCUAUCGAGCAGGAGCGGGCUUACCAUAAGGCCACGGCGCCGCCUAUCGAGCAGGAGCGGUGCUUCUCAUAAGGCUACGGCGCCGCCUAUCGAGCAGGAGAGUGCCGGCGCCUCUAUCGAAGGCUACGGCGCCGCCUAUCGAGCAGGAGCGGUGCUUAAUCGCAGGCUACGGCGCCGCCUAUCAGGAGCAGCAGGUCACGGCGCCGCCCAUCGAGCAGGAGCGGUGCUUACCAUAAGGCUACGGCGCCGCCUAUCGAGCAGGAGCAGGUCACGGCAGUGCUUACUCAUAAAACUGCGGCGCCGCCUAUCGAGCAGGAGCAGGCCAUCAUGCUACGGCGCCGCCUAUCGAGCAGGAGCAGGCGCAUCGCGAAGGCCGAUGGCGUCAGCCUAUCGAGCAGGAGCGGUGCUUACCAUAAGGCCACGGCGCCGCCUAUCGAGCAGUCACGGCGCUGCCUAUCGAGCAGGAGUGCUUACAUCAUAUGGCCAUGGCGCCGCCUAUCGAGCAGGAGCAGUGCUUACCAUAAGGGGCUACGGCGCCGCCUAUCGAGCAGGAGCGGUGCUUACCAUAAGGCUACGGCGCUGCCCAUCGAGCAGAAGCAGUGCUUACCAUAAGGUCACGGCGCCGCCUAUCGGCAGGAGCGGUGCUUACCAUAAGGCCACGGCGCCGCCUAUCGAGCAGGAGCAGUGCUUACCAGGCACUACGGCGCCGCCCAUUGAGCAGGGAGCAGUGCUUACUCAUAAGGUCACGGCGCCGCCUAUCGAGCAGGAGCGGUGCUUACCAUAA